GAAAAAUGCAGCAGAUAUAAACGAAAAUAUACAUAAAAAGUUACCACAAUUUAAAUUAUAAUCUUGAAUAAUUGCUAAACAAAUAUGUGUAUUAUUAAUCCACAACAAAUGCCCUCAAGAAGAUUGUGCAAAGAGGGAAGAUUGAGUUUGAUUUGCUACUUGGGGACAAUUGCAUUGGUUUUAUUGCCCUCCGUGCCGCAAAUCUAUUAUGGAAUUGUACCAAAAGUAUGGGGAGCUCAACUAUGGGGACCAGUAUUAUAUUUUGCUUUAAUAAGUAUGAUUAUACGUUUCGUUUUAAGGAAUAUAGAAUAUCAGGUUGCUAUACGGUCAUCAUUUUUGGGAUUUGUCGAAUCCAUUAGUAUACUGCUGAUAUGUUUUGCACCUUUGGUAUGGAAACAAUUCGGAGUUUACGGCUUCUUUAUGGCGUUUUUCCAUUAUUCCGAAUUUCUGGCUAUAGCUUGGUGUAAUCCAAAAAGUUUAACAGUUGACUCAUUCAUAUUGAACCAUUCUUGGGCAUACGGUUUAGCUGCGGCUGCAAGUUGGUUAGAAUUUGUUCUAGAGGUAUACUUUCUACCCAAUUUCAAAGAUUUCUAUUACUUGUGGCUAGUGGGCGUUGUUCUGUGUAUAUUUGGUGAAGUUGUGCGCAAGACUGCUAUGAUCACCGCCAGUAAUAGUUUUACUCAUUUGGUGCAAUAUGAAAAAACUGAUGAUCACAAACUAAUAACACAUGGCAUCUACGGCUACUCCCGUCAUCCUUCUUACGUUGGUUGGUUUUGGUGGUCCAUUGGUACGCAAUUCAUAUUGAUGAAUCCAUUUUGCAUAAUUGCCUACACCGCGGCCAGUUGGAAAUUCUUUCACGAUCGAAUAUAUUGUGAAGAAUUCACGCUAUUGAAUUUCUUUCGUAAUGACUACAAAGUUUACCAACAAAAUGUACCCACUGGUUUACCAUUUAUCAAAGGUUUUAUAUUAGAUUAAAGAUACAGAAAAAUGGUUUCGAGUAUUUUCUUUUCCAUCCAAACAUAAAUUUUUCUGUUAUAUUUAACUAUUUAUACUAUUUGUUAACAGGAGCAAAUUGUAUAAAUAUUAAUAAUUUUGUAUUAUUUAUGUAUGUUUUAAUUUAUUAGUUAAAAUAUUAAAGUUUUAUAGUAUACUACCACAUACAAAUAUAAAAAAUACCUCCAGUUCCUUUUUUAAUUUUCAAACCUUAAGUUAACACACUCCUCCUCAUACAUAUGAUUAUUGUGACAAUGCCAACUAAAUAAGUUAACAUUUUAAUUAAUAAUAAAUAAAUCUGACUUGAAGAAAUAAAUCUCUUUUGUUUACUUUAUA